AUGCCUGCAAAUACCGCCGUUGCCAAUAACGCUGGUCCUGCUCCUGUUGCCCAUGGCGCAACCGACCCUCGGAGCCCUACGGGCGCCUCCUCCGCUUCCGCCUCCGCUUCCAAGCAUAGCAGGUCGCGCACAACAAUCCCUACGCCAUCCGGGAAAUGGAUCCUGGGUAAGACAGUCGGUGCUGGGAGCAUGGGCAAAGUGAAGUUGGCCCGUAAGGAGGACACUGGCGAGCAGGUUGCUUGCAAAAUCAUUCCACGUGGCUCAACAGAAGAUGGGCACCACUCUCGAGCAGAUAAGGAGAGAGCAGAUCAAUCAAAGGAAAUCAGGACUGCCCGUGAGGCGGCUAUCGUCACGCUUCUCAGUCAUCCUCACAUUUGUGGCAUGAGAGACGUCGUCCGAACCAACUAUCAUUGGUACAUGCUUUGCGAAUACGUCAAUGGCGGCCAAAUGCUUGACUACAUCAUCUCUCAUGGCAAAUUGAAGGAGAAGCAAGCGCGCAAGUUCAGCCGUCAAAUCGCGAGCGCCCUGGACUAUUGCCAUCGCAACAGCAUUGUCCAUCGCGAUCUCAAAAUCGAAAACAUUCUCAUCAGCAAGACCGGCGACAUCAAAAUUAUCGAUUUCGGUCUUAGCAACCUCUUCGCGCCUCGUACUCAUCUCAAAACCUUCUGUGGAAGUCUUUACUUUGCAGCUCCCGAGUUGCUCCAGGCAAGAGCUUACACGGGCCCUGAGGUUGACAUAUGGAGCUUCGGCAUUGUUCUUUACGUGUUGGUGUGCGGUAAGGUACCAUUCGACGAUCAAAGCAUGCCCGCCCUCCACGCCAAGAUCAAGAAGGGGCUAGUUGACUAUCCGAAUUGGCUUUCGAGUGAAUGCAAGCAUCUGCUAUCCCGUAUGCUCGUGACCGAUCCAAAACAACGUGCCACCAUGUUGGAGGUUAUGAGCCAUCCAUGGAUGACCAAGGGAUACAACGGCCCGCCCGACAAUCACUUGCCACCCCGUGAACCCUUGACUCUUCCUCUAGACUCGGACGUAGUCAACGCCAUGACCGGGUUUAAUUUCGGUCCUCCGGAUUCUAUCAAGGCACAGUUGGUUCGAACAAUCGAAUCCGAGGAGUAUCAACGUGCCGUACGUCUGUACCAGCGGGAAAAGGACCUUCCCCAGCCAGCCAAGGACGUCGAGAAGAAGCGGGGUUUUGGCUUUGACUUUUACAAGAGAAGAAAUUCGGGCAAUAGCCGCGACACACUGACGGCCCCAAGCUCCGAGGCUCUUCAGCUUGGCAACGAUCCGCUAAAUGCGUUUAGUCCGCUUGUUUCGAUAUACUAUUUGGUGCGGGAGAAGCAAGACCGUGACCGCGCUGAACGGAAUCCUGGAGUGCAAAGCACGCCCAAGGAGAAGCCACCCAUCCCAGAGAUUACACCACCACAAGAAGCACACACCAACACGGCGGCUUAUGAAAUGCCUGGUGAGAGGGCCACCGGUGGUCGGUCCCGUCCCCGUGCCAGGACUCAUGGAGAAGACGAAGCACCUGACUCCGUGAAGGCUUCCCAGCUCUCACCAAACGCCCCGCUGUCCCCAGAAGUGCCUCCUGAGCCCUUGCCAAAGAAGGAAAGCACCGCUGCCGGUAUACUGCGACGUUUUAGCACACGAAGACGCAAAGACCCGGAGCGGCUGGAUAAGGACCGCUCUCACCCUCCAGUGGUCCAAGUUCAUUCCCCAUCUGGUGGUGCUUCAGCCGAGACAACCCCGUCCUCUGUGCCGAGAAAGAGUUUCAGCAUUCGACGCGGCAGACGGGAGCGCGAGGAACCUAUGCCCCUGCCGUUGCGGUCUGGCAGCAGUCAGCCGCAGCACAGCGAUCUCCUCAGCCCGCCUCUUUCCGCAGGGGGCCCGUCGUCACGCCGGAAAGGUCUGGGUCGAUCCACGAGCGUAAACUCGGCAGACCUUCGUCGCCGCGGAUCGACUAGGACUGAAAAAGAUCCACCGCCGACCAGUGGGUCAGAUCAAUCGACGACAACUGCUGACAGGCCUCCGCCAGCAUCACGAGAUGGUCAACAGUCUCGCGCAGCGUCGAUGAGAGCCAAGUCCCUCGGACAUGCGAGGCGUGAGAGCAUUCAGCAACGAAGACUCCGGCGGGAAGAGGCACGGGAGGCCAAUGUCCCGGAAGAAACCGACCAAGAGCAGGGAGAUCAGAGUGGUGUAUCGACGGACAGGUUGGACAGGUCCGAUCUAGCCAAACCAGUUUUUUUGAAGGGAUUGUUCAGUGUGUCAACAACGUCGACAAAGAAUGUCACCGAGAUUAGGGCCGACAUCAAGCGCGUUUUGAAAGGUCUGGGAGUAGACUACAUAGAGAUCAAGGGUGGCUUCACAUGCAAGCACACACCAAGCAUAGAUCUCAAGAGGGUUCAGGAUCCUCCCGGUAGCCCUGGCCAAGCACCACCUGGCCACAGACGGCGAUUCAGCCUAGGCGGGAUGAGAGGCGGUGACCGAGAACGAGACGACCUCCCCAGCACAGAUCGGGGACCAUCAACACCCCGAGGCACAGGCAGGAACGGGGCAGACAGCUACUCAAACUCAGACGUCUCGAUCGACAGCGUCUCUCGCGAAGCAGGAGGCUCGUCCAGAAGAGUGCCAGGCGAGACAAGCACCCAUGUCCAGAGCGACCUCGGCGGAAACAUGGUUUUGGAGUUUGAGAUAUUCAUUGUGAAGGUCCCGUUGCUAUCGCUGCAUGGCAUUCAGUUUAAGCGCUUGGUUGGCAACACUUGGCAAUACAAGAAUAUGGCCGACCAGGUGCUCCGAGAGCUUCGUCUUUAA